AUCAAUUAACGGAACCGUCGGUGCAUUUGAGACUUGAAAAGAAUUUAAUCAUUAACAAGUUUUGUUUGAUUAUAGAACAAUAAGCAAUUGACACACCUCCAAAUAGGAGCAGAUUAAUUCUUGUCCUGUCAAACAAGAAGCAGUGUUUAUUUUCCGCUUGGAAGACGUUGGUUUUCGCUCAUUCGGCCGCAACAUUUUCCGUCGUUCAGUGACAAACAAGAACUUGAACUGUUGGGUUUCUCUCUACCGCUUUCGUUGGAAAAAAACUUUGGCUCUUUAUUUUGAAGUGCUGUAUAAAUAAAUUGAAAUGAUCUUGUCAUGUCAGUUCCCAGUCAAAAAAUCAUGACUACGAGUUCUCAGGAAGAGAAAAAGCGACACAAAGUCCAAAGUGAAAGUAAGCCUAUCGAGGAAGAAAAUGAAACCUCAAGUCCUUCCAUUUAUGGCGUGGUAGCAGCUCAUUCACUAUCAAAAGAUAUCAAGCAAAAGUCACUACAUUUGAUUAAAGUCAAAAGACGACACGGGGACUGGGGACAGUUCGAUUUGACGCAUGCGUGGUCACCGGAAGACCCGUCGAGUAACAUGGGAAGUCGGCAUGGUAGUGGACUGGCACGAGAAACAACAUUGGUUGAUGAUAAUUUGACUAUGGCUAGACCCUUUAUUAUGGAACCUCUGAGAACAUUUCAGGAACACAGAGUCAUACCAAUCAUUCAACACGUUUUGGAAACAAACCUGGCUGAACAGAAAUACGACCCAGUCUUCUGCAAAGAUGUCACCGUUAAAAUAACUGAAGAGAUCAAGGAACGAGUAAAGAAACUGUGUUAUCCUCGAUACAAAUUCGUUUGUCACGUGAUUGUGGGUGACGUCAAUAGACAGGACGUAAGAGUUGUGAGCCGGUGCGCAUGGGACGCAGCGGUAGAUCGUUAUGCGCAGUUUGAAUAUCGAAGCUUUUAUCUGUACGCAGUAGGAAUUGUUUAUGGAAUUUACUGUGAAUAAGAUGUGCAAUUGAAGCUGCUUUAGGACUUAGAUAUGAGCAUCUUUUCUUCCUUCCUUUCCUUUUCAGAGACAAACAUGAAAGUAAAGAAAUACCAAAUAAACGGUCGCGUUCUAAUGAUACAUCGAUUUAAGAAUAGACUCACUAAAUUAUAUGCACCAGCAUAUAAGAUCAAGAGUAUCUGGUUCCUGGUAUAAUAAUUUUUAUAAGAGUUUGCUCUGUCAAUCAAGUUUGAUCAGAAAAAUCCUGUAUUGAAGACGCAACUAUUAAAAAAGUCAACUACG